AUCCGUGCCUGAUAAAUAGAGAGUCAUUCUCCGGUGAGAUGAGCAGGCAGUUCUUGUUUUAUCCCACACCGUCCUCUUCUCCCAAUCUCAUGUCGUCCUCUUCCCACAUUCUCAUCCUAUUCGUCGCCCUUUUCUCUCAAUUUUAUGCCGACUAUUCCGAAAUUAUUCGAGGCACUGCCGCCUAUUACGAUCCACCACCACAUACUCCCACUGCAUGUCCCGAAUUCAAUAAUAAACCACUACCUUCCAAUGGCAAUUUUGGGGCUGCCGGGGAACGGCUAUGGGAGAACGAUGCCCCUUGUGGAAGAAAAUACAACGUGAUGUGCAUCAGUAAGGGUGCACCUACAUCCUGUAUACCCGGGAGCAAAAAGAUAGAGAUCGUGAUAAUCGAUCGGGCAAAAACUUCAAGGACUGAACCUUCCAAAGAUGACGCAACAGUUGUUUUGUCCAUACAGUCAUAUAGAUUAAUUGCAUAUGAUUUUAAAACUUCAGUUAACGUACAAAUCGAACCGGUCCAAAAUUUGGGUUAGUUUUUGUAGCUGCAGUUAAGGUCUUUGCAACUGGCUUGUUUGGGUUAGUUUGUUUGGAUUGUUAAAUAGUUUUGUAUAAAGUUUGUUUGUUAAGAACUUUUGACAUCGUGAGUCUGUGGCCAUUAGUAGCUGUGAUCAUGUCUGUUUGGUAGCUGUUGUGUGAGCUUUUGAUGUAAGUCUCUCUUAAGAGAAUAUUGGGUGGUUAAGUAUGUCAGUCAGUUGAUUAUUUUCUUAUCUUUUCAGUUGUGUUUGGAAGGUUAGAAUAUCCUUUGUAUUUGGAAUGAAUAAAUUUUAUUUUU